AUGGCCUAUUAUCUUCACGCCACAGGUCAACAUGUCUCAGUGGGAACUGGUGCUGUUCAAAUGAGUAAAAUUGGUGAUACCAGUCAUGAUGCACGAAGACAGAAACAAGAAAUUACCACUUGCUGCAAAAAUGCCAUUUUCAUUCUCAAAGGUCCCCGUCGAAAUCGUCAGAGCAUCAACUACUACUACGCCACCGGUUUUGUUGCCCUACUGAAUGUGCAGUGUACCUACAAGGCGCAGAAGUUCCUCUCGUAA